UUAUAAGGGCUAAAGCAAGCACCAAGGGCGUGGAAUACCAGGAUCGAUAAAUAUCUUGAAGAUAAUGGCUUCACCAAAUGCCCACAUGAGCAUGCGCUCUAUGUGAAAAGUAAAGGAAAUGAUAUCUUAUUAGUGUGCUUGUAUGUGGAUGAUCUCAAUUUCACAGGAAACAAUCCAAGCAUGUUCAAAGAAUUCAAGAAGGCCAUGACUGAGGAAUUUGAGAUGAUAGACAUCGGGCUGAUGGCAUACUAUCUCGGAGUAGAAGUAAAGCAACUUGAAGAUGGAGUAUUCAUCUACGCAAAGGAGAUUCUAAAGAAGUUCAAAUGGAGGAUUGCAAACCAAUCAACACACCGUUGGAAUGCGGGGUCAAGCUAUCAAAGAUACAAUAAAGAGGAAAAGGUGGAUCCGACACUAUACAAGAGCUUGGUUGGAAGCCUAUGGUACUUAACUUGCACAAGGCCGGAUUUAUUGUACGCUACAGGGCUCGUAAGUCGGUACAUGGAGAAUCCAACCACUACUCACUUCAAGGCAGCAAAGAGAAUACUCCGAUAUCUCAAAGGUACGAUCGACUAUGGCCUAUUAUAUUCAACUACUAAUGAUUAUAGACUUGUUGGCUAUAGUGAUAGUGAUUGGGUUGGAGAUACCGAUGACCGAAAAAGUACAACUGGAUAUGUGUUCUACAUGGAAGACACUGCCUUCGCUUGGAUGUCUAAGAAGCAACCCAUUGUCACUUUAUCAACCUGUGAAGCCGAAUAUGUGGCAGCCACCUUCAGUGUUUGUCAUGCAUUUUGGCUUAUAAGUUUAUUAUCGGAGCUCGGGGUGGCCACAAAAGGAGACAACAACUAUUUGUGUGGAUAACAAGUCGGUGAUUGCACUCUCCAAGAAUCCAGUAUUCCACAACUAAAGCAAGCACAUCGACAUCCGCUACCACUACAUCAGAGAAUGUGUUGCAAAUCAGGAGAUUCAUGUCGAGUAUGUGAAAUCGCAAGAUCAAGUUGCUGAUAUUUUC